AUGGCACCCAUUGCCAUCCCCCAAUUCCUCCUCCCUCGCGGGAUACCCUCCUCCCGAACCUUGCAGGCCCUCACCCGCCGCCGCAACCCGAGCACCCUCGCAACCACAGUGCCCUCCUCGUGCCGUUGCGCCUCAUCAGACGACGGCAGCAAACCCCGCGUGCUCGCCAAACCAGACAAGUUCCGACCACCCUCGCACCCCGCGCGCCGGGUGGUACCAACCCGCAAUGGCAGGGUAGUCAGCGGACCGAUCAACUACCCCGGUCCACGACUCUCGGAGAAGGAGAAGGAGGAGCAGAAGACCAGGAAGUACCCAAAUAUGUUUCCGCCCGAGGGGACGAUCAUGUACAAGUUUCUGACGAGUCGGUGGAUUCAUAUCUGGAUUGCUAUGGGCGUCCUCACCUCGCUGGCUACUUUCACCUUCACCACGAACUUCAAGCACUCCUCGCCGUACGCGCACUUGCUGCCGCCGUGGUCUGCGCUCUUGACUCACCCGAUCGACACGAUCGGGCAGGCGCUUGCCGUCUUCCGCAUGCAUGUGCAGCAUAACUCGAUGGAGACGAGGGAGAAGCGCCUCAAGCGGGUCGAGGAUGCGGAGAAGAGGCGGCAGUAUCGGAUCGCGCAUGGGUUGGAAGAGCCGGACGAGAAGACUGAGAGACAGACUGCGGAGGUGGUUGAUGAUCAGUCGCCGGUCGCGGCCGAUGUUCCUGCGGUUGGCGCGGAUGAAUACGUUGACUGGGAAGGGAAGAAGAGGCCGGUCAAGAAGUGGCUUGGUAUCUGGUAG